AGGCGCCCAUUGGUCUUGACGGAGACGCGGCGAGGAGAGGCGCGCUGCCCGCGCUAUAAAAGCCGGCGGCGCGUCGGAGCGGUUCGGAGAGGACUUCUUCUUUCAGUCAACUGGACGGUGCGUAUCGCAGUUUGCCGGGAAGCCACACAGAGACGCACGCACACACGCACACAGCGCGCCGCCAUGAGUGAGAGACAAGCAUCCGGAGCAAUGACUGGAAACAGCAAACCAUCUGCUGGACCAGGUCCUAAAAGUCAACAAAAGGUUCCAUCCAAACAUGAGAAGAACAAGAACAACCUCCCCCAGGACUUCGACAUCGAUAUGGACAACCCGGAGACGGAGAAGGCCGCCGUGGCCAUUCAGUCGCAGUUCAGGAGAUUCCAGAAAAAGAAGCAGGAUGUGAAGUCAUAGAGCGGAGCUUCGUCCGCUGCAACGUCACUCGAUGUGGUUUCGCUCUUGCAUGUCAAUCAAAUUGCACCGCCAUGAACUGAAAGGAAAGGGUGAGGGUGGGGUUCCUAAAGGUGGAGGGUUAGGUGUUUGGGGCUAAAUAGUAACUUUGUGAUAGUCUUUGUGUGAUUACAAACUUAUAAUGACAUGUGAUGUGGACAAACGAUGCAUUAUCUAAUUCUGUCUAUGUGUGUGUGUGUGUUUAAAUCUUUCCUAUAGUUUAAGUGUUUGGUUUUUUUACUUCAAUGAGACAGCAACGUUGCAGUGGAGUUUAAAGUGGAAUAUUUUUUCUCAUGCCACAAUCAAUGUAACAUACCCAUGUUAGCAACAAGGUAAAAUAGGUCUUCUCAUGAAUUAUCAAUGACUAAUUAUUUAUAAAUCAAGGGGAAUCUCAAGCCACAGUCUUAGUGGAGUCUUAACCAAUGCAUUUUUCAGCUCUGCUGGAAAGAUUUCCCUCUGGCUGGCUCAAAUUGUUCUAUACAGUAGCCAGUGCUUUCCCCGCAUAACUGAUGCUUUUAAAAUCAAAUGAAGGUCUUCAGGUUCUCCAUCACUUCUCUUCAGCUGAUGACAUGAAGCUCUCUGAGCUGUGUAUCUUUGUAGAUGUUGAGCUUGUGAAUUGAUUCCAUUUCUCUUUUGUUUCUUUUGUUCGUGUUCCAAUGUGAUUUAAACCACUUCAUUGUUAAGUUGCCUCACACAUGUGAAACUGUACAAGCACACACACUUAAGCAUGCAACCCAGAAGAAAUGCACACACACACACAAAACACACACCAACAGAGAAAUAAAUAAAGACAUUGUAAAGGAGUUUCACUGAAGCGCGAUGAAGUCCUUUGCAUCUUUAUUGAAAACGGCAAGGUCUUUUUGAGUGCAAGUUGAUUUACUUUCAACCAAAUGGUUUUGCACAGUGGAUGUGACUUGUUGUGGGGGGGCGCUGGGCCUCUGUAAAGAACUAUCUAGACCUGCUCUAUAUGAAAUGCAAAAAUAGAUCAAAAUAAUGAAUGUUUCGUUAAUGCUUUUAAAUAAACCAAUAGUCAUUUUGGUUUAUUUAACUCUA